UUGGGUCUCUCUGCUUCCACUCCAGACUGCUGCUGAAUUGCUGGUAUGCCCUGCAGUCUGCUCUAAGGAUGAAGGGCUGGAGGAUGCUGGAAAGAGAGAACAAGGGAGAGAUUAUGUCUAAGCCCUUCCCUCUUCCCUCCCUCCUCCUUCUGUCAGGAGGACCACACUGACAGCCCUCCAGGGAGGAAAAGCGGAGAGAGGGAGAAUACAGACUUUGUCUCUCUUUUCAGUUGCCCAAGAAGAUUCAGGGAUGCCUUCCAAGUCUUUGAAAGGGUCUUUGAGUGAGGGAGUCAGUCUAUAAAGGAGAGAGAGAAUAUCAAGAAGCAGAUGCUGGCCAAGAGCAAUUUUAUUACAUCCAUGGAACCAGGGCAACAAAUGUGCUUUGAUGCUUCUCCAUCACCCAGGAAUGGCAACAAUUCCUCGCAAUGUGUUCUGCUCUUGCUGCUGGGGAGACAGUUGACCCGGACACAGCCCGUGUUUAGCGCACCAGCUUGGCUCUGAUGCUGCUUCUGUGCUGGAGCUCCAGUGACAACCCUCAGAGAUGCCUAUUCUCUCUGGAGGCAGUGACCACGACUACAGCUACAAUUCCUGCACUUCCUUGAACCACCUGUUUCCCAUCUCAGUGGUCGAGACUCCCCCUGCCAAAGGGGUCCACUACCAACGGGCCCAGAGGAUUUACCACCCAGAUCGGCUCGGGACAGUCGAUCUGAAGAGGGAGAUCAUGGUCAACGUUGGCGGCAUCAAGUACCUGUUGCCCUGGAGCACCUUGGACGAGUUCCCCGCAUCCCGGCUGAGCAAGCUGAAGUUCUGCAGCAGCUACGAAGAGAUAAUCCAGCUGUGUGAUGACUACGAUGAAGACACGCAAGAGUUUUUCUUCGACCGGAACCCCAACGUUUUUGGGGUGAUUGUCAGCUUCCUUGCGGCAGGGAAACUGAUGCUCCUCCGCGACACCUGUGCCUUGUCCUUCCAGGAGGAGCUGAAGUACUGGGGGAUCGAGGAGUCCAACUUGGAGAACUGCUGCUUCCGGAAGCUCUUCCAGAAGGCUGAGGAGCUGGCCGAGGUGCGCAGAGAGGAGGAGAUGCAGAUGAGCAAAGUGACGGCCUGCGUCCUGGAAGAGGAGACCAAAUUUGGCCAGUUUAUGAGCAAGCUGAGGGACAUGGUGGAAAACCCCCGGUCGGGCCUCCCGGGGAAAAUCUUUGCUUGCCUCUCCAUCCUCUUUGUGGCCACCACAGCGAUAAGCCUUUGUGUUAGCACCAUGCCGGACUUAAGGGAAGAAGAAGACAGGGGCGAAUGUUCCCAAAAGUGCUAUUACAUCUUCAUCAUUGAGACCAUCUGCGUGGCUUGGUUCUCCCUGGAGUUCUGCCUCCGAUUCAUCCAGGCCAAGAGCAAAUGUCAGUUUUUCAAAGGUCCUCUGAACAUCAUCGACUUCUUGGCCAUCUCCCCAUAUUAUGCAUCCCUCAUUGUGCUGGAUGACGAGCCCACUGAGAAAGACAGCAGGCCGAGCGGGAGCUCGUACCUCGAGAAGGUGGGCUUGGUGCUACGGGUCUUACGUGCCUUGAGGAUACUGUAUGUCAUGCGCCUUGCUAGGCACUCUUUGGGAUUGCAGACUUUGGGCCUCACCGUCCGGAGGAGCGCAAGAGAGUUUGGCCUGCUCUUGCUCUUCCUGUGUGUAGCCGUCACCCUCUUUUCCCCCCUGGUCUACCUUGCAGAGAACGAAUCUGGGAAGAUCCUGGAGUUUACCAGCAUCCCUGCCUCUUACUGGUGGGCUAUCAUAUCUAUGACUACAGUGGGCUAUGGGGACAUGGUACCCAGGAGCGUCCCGGGCCAGAUGGUUGCCCUAAGCAGCAUCCUGAGUGGGAUACUCAUUAUGGCUUUCCCAGCCACCUCCAUAUUCCACACAUUCUCCCACUCCUACUCUGAGCUGAGGAGGGAGCAUGAGCGGCUACAGUCCCGAAUCAUGAGGCUAAAGAACGCCAACACUUCUGGUGAGAGUGACACAUUGAACGAGAGUGAAAGCUUCACUACGGAUGCAACUGGCUCACCCAUCAAGUACAUCUACAAAGGAUAAUGAACAUCCUGCUGCAAAAUAAU